GUUUGCUCCCUGGUUGCUGGCCUGGCCCUCUUUCGCGCACGCAUCGGGCUGCAGCCUGUCUUGGCUCCUUGCCUGCCUGCCUGCCUGCCUCGCUUCCUUCCGCUUCCGUUUCCGUUUCCUGUUCCGUUGACCGGGCUUUCGCUUUCAACGUCCGCCGGAGAUGCACCAGCUCCUCCCGUCCGGCACAUCGGCUCCACUUGAAGCUCACCCGUACAAGUCCCUCACACGACAGGACCCUAGAUGUUCACCUCCGGACAUCAUAAGCUAUACUCACUACGCGCUCCUCCCUUUUCUCACAAUGACGGCAAACUAUCAAUUCCCCUCGUACGACUCCCUACCACCGGGCGCAGUCUAUAGUGGCGCUCCCUCCAACUAUGGACAAACGCACAUCUCCUCGAUCAUCUCCACCGACCCUUCAGGGAUCCCAGCCUCCUCCAAUGACCCCACAAGCGACUCGUCCCCACCAGGAGAUCGCGGUCUCACCGUCUUCUCUCCAGACACUUUCAGUAAAGGUGGAAUGCUCCGCGUGGCGAAAGACCGCAUUACAAAAGGAGCCGUAGCCGAUCCAUCUCUGGACGCAGCAGCAAAGGGCGCUCGGCCGCCUGAUCGCUCCCAACCGGGCUUCCAAGUCUGGUACGAAGUGCACGGCGAUGGACCCGUGAAAGUACUCUUCGUCAUGGGUCUCAACAAUUCUGCUUUUGGCUGGCUGAAUCAGGUGGAGCAUUUCGCAAAGGACCCACGCUACUCCUUGCUCGUACUUGACAACAGGGGGUACGGGAACAGCGAGACGCCGCGGGAGAUGAAGAAGUACUCUACCAGUGAGAUGGCAAAGGACGUGGUAGAAAUCUGCGAUCAUCUCGAGUGGAAAGACAAGAAGCAGUUGAAUGUGGUGGGAGUCAGCAUGGGAGGGAUGAUCGCGCUAGAGCUGGCGAAGGCUAUACCCGAGCGCAUAUCGUCCCUCUCCCUCCUCUCCACCACAUCUGGCCGUGCAGGCUUCUCGGGUGAAAAGAGUCUCAAAACCGCUCUUCCCCCUUGGGCAGGCGUGGCGACCAUUACCCGUCUAAUGGCAGGCAAGAUGCUCGGUAUCGACCCACCAGAAUACCCAAUCCAGAGACUCGUAGAGACACUCUUUCCCGCAAAGUGGCUGGGAGAGGAGAGUAAAGUCGUCCCGGGAAAGAAGAAUGGAGAGGUAGCUUUUGACUUCUUCCUCUGGCGCUUCCACUUCACCCGUCGUCAAUCCCCCGCCGGUUCCUUUGGCCAAGUGCGAGCUGCCACCUCACAUCGCGUCACCAACGUCGCCCUGCAGCGCAUUGCCUCUUCCAUCUCCUCCAUCCUGAUCGUCACAGGGGACUGGGACCAAUUGGUCAACCCGGGGAACUCUUACCAUUUGAAAGAGAAUCUACCCGGAGCGGAAUUUAGGCUGUUUGAAGGGUGUGGACAUGCGAUUCAGGCGCAGGAGCCGGAGAGGUUGAAUGCGGAGUUGGAGGAGUGCUUUAAGAAAGGAGAAGGAUGGAAGUAGAGUGGGAAGAGUGUAGAGUUAGAGAUGAUAGACGGCAAUGGUAAUGAUUGCCAUGCGCAUAUGCAUUGAUUCAUUCUGCAAACCCUUUGCCAGGCUGCAGGUAGCUUGCCGAAAGUGAACUUUCUGACUCACUCAAGCCUCAUCCUUCCUCUCCUCUGGCUUACGAAAUCUAAAAAAGCACACCACUCCCCUCAAGUAGACGU